AUGAAUGAACUUCAAACAGAUUCAUCUGUCUCUUCUGAGUUCGUCGAAGUUGAUCCAACUGGCAGAUACGGCAGAUACAAUGAAAUCCUCGGCAAAGGAGCUUCCAAGACAGUAUAUAGAGCAUUUGAUGAGUAUCAAGGGAUUGAAGUUGCUUGGAACCAAGUCAAAUUGUACGAUUUUCUGCAGAGCCCUGAAGAUCUCGAGAGGCUUUACUGUGAAAUUCAUCUUCUCAAGACGCUGAAGCACAGAAACAUAAUGAAGUUUUACACGUCUUGGGUCGAUACUGCAAAUAGGAAUAUCAACUUUGUGACUGAAAUGUUCACUUCUGGCACUCUUAGGCAGUAUAGGCAAAAGCACAAAAGGGUUAACAUUAGGGCAGUGAAGCAUUGGUGUAGACAGAUCCUGAGAGGGCUUCACUAUCUUCAUAGCCAUGACCCACCUGUGAUCCAUAGAGAUCUAAAAUGUGAUAAUAUUUUUGUCAAUGGAAACCAAGGGGAAGUUAAGAUUGGGGAUCUUGGGUUGGCAGCAAUUCUACGCAAGUCUCAUGCUGCUCAUUGUGUAGGAACACCCGAAUUCAUGGCACCUGAAGUUUAUGAAGAAUCAUAUAAUGAAUUAGUUGACAUAUAUUCCUUUGGGAUGUGUGUGUUAGAAAUGGUCACAUUUGAAUAUCCUUAUAGUGAAUGUAGUCAUCCAGCGCAAAUCUACAAGAAAGUUACUUCUGGGAAGAAACCGGAAGCCUUGUAUAAAGUGAAGGAUCCAGAAGUGCGACAAUUUGUUGAGAAAUGCCUGGCAACAGUGUCUCUAAGGCUCUCUGCAAGGGAGCUUUUAGAUGACCCUUUUCUUCAGAUUGAUGAUUACGAGUAUGAUUUAGGGCCUAUGGAGAGUGGAGCAUUUGAUGACAUGGGUUCUCUUAUCCAUCAGCCAUUUUUUGAUCUCCAUCGGAGCUAUAGUAACAUGAGUACUGAAUACUCAAAUUGCCUUGAAUAUGAAGGAGACCGAAAUUCUCAUCCAGCUGAGAUUGAACAUAGUGGAAUUGAACUUUUCGAGUGCCCUGAUGAUGAAGCCUCUGAAGAUGUUGACAUAAGCAUCAAAGGAAAGAGGAAAGAUGAUGGUGGCAUUUUUUUAAGGCUAAGAAUUGCAGACAAAGAAGGACAUAUUCGAAAUAUUUAUUUCCCAUUUGACAUAGAGAUGGACACAGCAUUAAGUGUAGCAACUGAAAUGGUUGCAGAACUCGACAUUACUGAUCAGGAUGUUACCAGCAUAGCUGACAUGAUAGAUGGGGAAAUUGCUUCCUUGGUUCCUGAAUGGAAGCGAGGACCAGGACUUGAAGAAACUAACCAUUUUGUAAAUAAUUUUGUUUGUCACAAUUGUGUGUCUAAUCAUACAUCCAGUGGCAAUAUUAUGGAUUUUCAUUCACAUAAUCAAGUUGGAAAGAACUUGCAGCUUCCUCAAUGCUGUAGGCAUGGAUGUACUUCGGUGCAUGGGCGGUUCGAGGAGGUAACCUUCCCAUCUGAGUAUGACAAUCAUGUGAGAGGGGAUGAACCUAUCAAAUCAAGCCAAUCAGACUGCCAGCAGUAUCAGGAGUUAUGGAAUCAUCAAGAAAGUUGUGACCUGAGUCCAGUAGAGUCUGAUCAAAGCCAUUCUGAUGAGCCAUAUGAACAAUUAGAUAAAUCAGUAUUAGCAGAAGAGAAAGAAAAGGGCAUUUUGGAAAACAAGUUUGCACAUGAUCCCGGAAACCCCCCACGAAGUUUAUCUGGAAAUUAUUCGUCUACUAUCAGUUUAUUAUGUCGUGGCUCCGAAAAGGAAUAUGAGAAAGUGGUCCAACAAGAAUUGAGAUGGCUCAAAGCAAACACCAAAUGGAUUCAAGGGAUCGUAGGGACAAAAAGUUUGGUGUAG